UGAAAAUGAAAGGAAGACAGAUAACUUCUAUUUACAUUCCUUUUACCGGUAAGAACUUUAUUUGGUGUAGAAUAAUCUGUCUGGUGAAUCACUUUUACCUGUACCUCCCUUUAGAGAUCAACACUGAUCUGUCAUUAGGUGAACUAACUAAUAUAUAACCAUAUAACUUGGACAUUUUUUGUUCUGCAGUAUUGUGCAUUGACACACUUAUUUGUGGUCAGGAAGGGAAUUCCUUCAAAUUGGGGAGGAUAUGGCCAUGUGGGGAGGAGAUUACUUCCCUACUUCUGCUGGGGCACGAAGAAUGGGUCUGUCAGGGCCACGGAAUGGCAGAACCUACAUCAUGUACCAUGGCACCUCUUGGUGGGCUGCACAGACAAUCAUGACCAAAGGUUUUUAUCCAUCCAACCGUGGCAUGUUGGGGCAGGGUGUGUAUCUAAGCCGGGACCUGGAGAAGGCUAGUAGAUACCCCCUGGACCUCACAGAACACCAGAAGGUUGUCAUCAAAGUUAAAGUCAAUGUGGGCAAGGUGAAAAAAAUAUACUGCCAAGGCCACCCUUUGCAGAAGACGUGGCAUGACGAAGGUUACGACUCAGCCUGGGUUCCUCCUAACUGUGGCAUGGUGAAGAGUGGUUUAGAAGAGAACUGUGUCUGGGACCCAAACCGUAUUACUGUUUUAGACACUAUCAAAUCAAAAACAGAACCCACCUUACAAAGUGAGGACACUGAUGAGGAAGAAGAGGAGGAAGAGGAUGAAGAGGACACUGAGGAGGAGGAAGAGGAGGAAGAGGGGGUGGAGGGAGAGGAGGAUGAUUAUGAGGAAGAGGGGGUUGAUGAAGAGGAGGAGGAGGAUUUUGAGGAAGAAGGGGUGGAGGGAGAGGAGGAGGAUUAUGAGGAAGAGGAGGAAGCAGAUGGGGACACUGAGGACGAGGAGGAUGAAGAGGGAGAGGAACUCACCCACCACCACCACACACAGAUGGCCUGUCACCACACGGCCACGCCAAAGCCCCUUCAAGGGUCAGACAAUGUUACAAGACGUACAACUAUACUCAACUUAAAUGUAAUACACUUUUUGACGUUUAUUUAUUUUCUGGCAAGGCUACGGAAUGGCAGGGUCUACAAAAUGUACCACGCCACCUUUGAGAAAACUAUAUGUAAAAUCAAAGGUUUUUAUUCAUCCAAGUGUGGCAUGUUGGGGCAGGGUGUGUAUCUAAGCCGGGACCUGGAGAAGGCUAGUAGAUACCCCCUGGACCUCACAGAACACCAGAAGGUUGUCAUCAAAGUUAAAGUCAAUGUGGGCAAGGUGAAAAAAAUAUACUGCCAAGGCCACCCUUUGCAGAAGACGUGGCAUGACGAAGGUUACGACUCAGCCUGGGUUCCUCCUAACUGUGGCAUGGUGAAGAGUGGUUUAGAAGAGAACUGUGUCUGGGACCCAAACCGUAUUACUGUUUUAGACACUAUCAAAUCAAAAACAGAACCCACCUUACAAAGUGAGGACACUGAUGAGGAAGAAGAGGAGGAAGAGGAUGAAGAGGACACUGAGGAGGAGGAAGAGGAGGAAGAGGGGGUGGAGGGAGAGGAGGAGGAGGAGGAUUAUGAGGAAGAAGGGAUUGAUGAAGAGGAGGAGGAGGAAGAGAAUGAGGAUUAUGAGGAAGAGGAGGAAGUGGAUGGGGACACUAAGGAGGAGGAGGAGGAGGAGGAUUAUGAGGAAGAGGGGGUGCAGGAAGAGGAGGAAUAGAAUAAGGAUUAUGAG